UUGCGCCUUUGCAGGCUUCUGAUUUCAGCCCUCUGAAGCGCUUGUCCACUGUCGAUUCAACAACAGCACGCUCCACGCCGCUCUCGUCGCCGUCGCCAUCACCGUCGCCAUACCAUGCCUUGAAUUUGCGGCGGCGCCGGUGCUACAUCCCACCUCAGUCAUCUUCUCCGUUCUUUUCCGAAUUUUCUUUUUUCCCAGAGCAUUCAUUUGCGCACGCCUCCCUCCUACUCGGCUGUCCUGUCGUCGAGUGCUCGCAAUCUCGUCGGCACCCUCACCACCGUGAUACUAUCGACCGGGGCAGCCAUCAGUCGUCCGACGUACUUUUCGUUGCCGUAAUGUCCGAACGAAUCUACGGCGUAACGCCGCCGAUUUCGACCGCACUACCGACGGAGGAGGAGAAACGGCUGAACAAUGCGCUGCACCAGGAACUGCGAGCCCAGGGCACCUUCGAGAGCCCGGCCGAGACUGAAAAGAGGAAAGAAGUUUUGCGCCAGCUCGAGAAGAUUACGAACGUGUUUGUACAGAGGGCAGCCGCGGAGAAGGAACCUAAAAACACCAUCUUGAUCCGCGAUGCCAUCGGAAGGGUAUUUACUUAUGGCAGUUAUCGCCUCGGCGUCUACGGACCCGGGUCCGAUAUGGAUACUCUCGUCGUCGCGCCGAAAUACGUCACGGUCGAACAGUACUUUCGUAUCUUCCCCGAGGUCCUUGUCGAGAUGGCUCCUCCCGGUGCCAUCACCGACUUGACUCCAGUGCCCGAGGCGUUCGUCCCCAUCAUCAAGUUCGAGUUCUCCGGCAUCAGUAUCGAUCUUAUAUUUUGCUCCAUUCAAACACUGAAACAGCUGCCGGCCGACAAAAAUUGGAGCCUGGCCGAUAACAAUCUCCUCCGCGGCCUGAGCGAGAAUGAGGUGCGGUCGCUAAACGGAACGAGAGUCACGGACGAUAUCCUUAACCUUGUUCCCGAACCGGCUACCUUCAAGCUCGCGCUUCGCGCCAUCAAGCUAUGGGCGCAGCGGAAAGCCAUCUAUGCCAACAUCAUGGGUUAUCCCGGUGGUGUGGCCUGGGCUAUGCUCGUCGCUCGGGUAUGCCAGCUCUAUCCCAAGGCUACGAGCGCGGUGAUAGUCAAUAAGUUCUUCCACAUCAUGCUGAAGUGGCCAUGGCCUCUUCCAGUCCUCCUCAAGGACAUUGAAUACGGGUGUCCCGUGACCCGAGUCGCGGUGUGGAAUCCCAAGAUCUAUGCCAGUGACAGGAAUCACAGGAUGCCCAUCAUCACACCGUCCUACCCGUCCAUGUGCGCCACACACAACGUGGGCAGGUCUUCGAUGGCAGUGAUCAAGGACGAGCUCGAGAAGGGGGUGCAGGUAACGGAGGACAUCAUGCGUGGCAAGCGUCCCUGGAAAGAUUUGUUUACGAAGCACACCUUUUUCACCUCAGGGUUCCGAUACUAUCUCACAGUCAUUUCAUCCAGCAGGACCAAGAAGGCCCAGAAUGUCUGGUCGGGGUUUGUUGAAUCGAGGGUGCGGUUGUUGGUCAACAAGCUCGAGAUGCACCCUUCCAUCUCCUUGGCACGGCCCUUCAACAAGGGUUACGACCGAGAGCACCGGUGCAAGAACAAUGCGCAGCUCGAAGAGGUGGUGUCCCUCGGCAGCCUGGCUUACAUGUACAAGCCGGCUACCGGUGAGGCCAAGGCUGAGGCCAAGAAGGAGGUUAAGACGGAGGUCAAGCACGAAAGCGGUGCGUCUGUGAAGAAUGAAGCGCCCGAGGCAAAGGGCGAAGACGGCGUGCGGGCUAAGCGUGAGAAUGGCGAUGAGGCCCAGCUUCCACCGGCGACCGGCAUCAAGCCCGAACCGACCGACGGUGCCGGCGCCGACGUGAAGCUCGAAGAUAUCCCCGUGAAGAAGGAUGAACCCGAGGAGAUGACAAUCUACACCACUAACCACUACAUCGGUUUGCAGCUGGUCGAAGGCGCCAAGACGCUGGACCUGUCGCGCGAGGUCAACGACUGGAAGGCCAUGUGCACGAGCAACGAACUGUAUGAGGAGGGUACUAUGUUCCUAUCGAUCCAGCACGUUAGGAACACGGCCCUACCCGACGACGUCUUCGAGCCCGGCGAAACAAGGCCGCGGCCCGCCAAGAAGAGUCUCAAGCGAGUCGCGUCCGAGGAUCCUGGCAACAAGCAGACACAGCCUCCUGCUAAGAAACAGGUCCAGGACAAGGCCCCGCCCGCUGCGCAGCAGCAGCAGCAGCAGCAGCAUCAGCAGCAGCAGCAGCCUGCCUCCACGGCGGCCGCCGCGGCUGGAUAGAGACCGGGUGGUGAAUCGGUUAGGAACACAUUGGCGGGGAGGCGUUGGGGUUCUCACGAGGCAGAUGGGUGGUCUUCGCUGAUGGCACGGGUACAGAUGCCCUGUUUGUAUUGGGAUGUGUAACUACUUAGAACUUCCUAGACUAAUAGACGCUAGGUUUUGAGGCACAAGAUGCCUCGCCAGGAGAAUUCCGGAUUCCAAUUUGGAUCGCCUGCUGUGUUCCGGUGGGUUACCGUCUCGCGUGAUCUGGGGCCCAGGGCCCUUCACCGCGCUUUUGCGACUCCCCAGCGCGGUAGAUUGUGGCCAAGAAGAUGGAGCUUACGGCCUUCUCGGCCU